AUGGCUGCGGACGGGCUCUCCAGCAAGGCCCUGAAGGUGAAGCGGGAGCUGGGGGAGAACACGCCGCUGCUGUCAGAUGAGGAGCUGAUGGGGCUGUCGGUGCGGGAGCUCAACCACCAUCUGCGGGGCCUCUCCAAGGAGGAGGUGGCGAGGCUGAAGCAGCGCCGGCGGACACUCAAGAACAGGGGUUACGCCGCCAGCUGCCGGGUGAAGCGCGUCUGCCAGAAGGAAGAGCUGCAGAAGCAGAAGAUGGAGCUGGAAUGGGAGGUGGACAAGCUGGCCCGGGAAAACGCCGCCAUGCGCCUGGAGCUCGACACCCUGCGUGGCAAGUAUGAGGCCCUGCAGGGCUUUGCCCGCACCGUGGCUGCCCAUGGGCCCCCCGCCAAGGUGGCCACUGCCAGCGUCAUCACCAUUGUCAAGUCCGGCACCAACCAGGCCGCCUAUUCCUAG